CAGCAGAUGCUGCUGCUGCUGCUGCAGGCAGCAGCAGCAGCAGCAGCAGGCCUAAGCCAGCAGUGCCCAAGAGCGGCGCCGCAGCUGGCAAUUCUGAGCCUCCAAACGCCAGCAGCCUGCCCUCAGCAGCAGCAGCAGCAGCCCCAGCAGCAGCAACAGCAGCAGCACCAGCAGCAGCAGCAGCAGCAGCAGCACCGCCUGUGAUUAGGGACAUGGGGCCUCCAGCACCUUCGUUUCGCUUUUUAAAUAAUCCUGUUGGCAUUGAGCCUGCGGCGUUUAUUGAAGAGGAGGACGAAAUACUUCAGCGAGCGAUUUCGAUAUCCCUAGAGGAGUUCAUAAGGGAGCAGCAGCAGCUGCAGCAGCAGCAGCACCAGGGCACUUCCGACGGCCCAAGCCCUAAACCCUAA